CUUAACGCGUUGGGUGCCAUGCGAUUUAGAUGUCACGCUGUUUAGAACUCCAUUUUGAUUUUAUUUUUUUUUAUUACAGUACUUGGACAUCGGGGAGGAUAUGAACGUCCCCGAUGACUUCACAGCGAAGGAAAUGCAAACUGGGAUGUGGUGGAGGCAUCUAGCCGCUGGCGGCGUUGCCGGUGCCGUAUCUAGGACGUGUACCGCUCCUUUGGACCGAUUGAAAGUAUUCCUACAGGUGGACCCCAAAAAGCAAAGAAUAAACGACUGUUUCCAGAACAUGCUCCGCGAGGGAGGAAUAAAAGGCUUAUGGCGCGGCAACGGCAUCAACGUACUCAAAAUAGCUCCAGAAUCGGCGAUAAAAUUCGCCGCUUACGAGCAGAUUAAAAGACUGAUAAAAGGCGAUUCGAAAGAAGCCUUAAGCAUUUACGAAAGACAAGGUAGACGUUUUGAAUUGAAACUUUCAUUCUACGUUAAUUUUGAAGCUGUAAUUUGCGGACAUAGAUUCUAUAGGGUGUCUCAAAAUAAUUUUGCGCUGGUGCAUUGGCAGGUGGUUUUUAGUCAGACGGCCAUUUAUCCAUUAGAAGUACUCAAAACUAGGUUAGCUUUAAGGAAGACCGGUCAAUACAAGAGCAUAGCAGACGCCGCUUACAAAAUUUACGUUACUGAAGGGCUCAUGAGCUUUUAUAGAGGCUACAUUCCAAAUAUAUUAGGUAUUAUUCCAUACGCAGGCAUAGACCUUGCUGUUUACGAAACUUUGAAGAAAAAGUAUUUCAUGACACAUUCCAGUAACGAGCAACCCAGUUUUUGGAUGCUGCUGGCUUGCGGUAGCGCCAGUAGCACAUUGGGUCAGAUGUGUUCCUAUCCUUUGGCUUUGAUUAGGACACGUUUACAAGCACAAGUUGUCCAUCGAACGAUAGACCCCUCAUCGGCGACGAUGACAGGUGUCUUCCGUACCAUAAUGGAGAAGGAAGGAGUAUUCGGCCUAUACAGAGGCAUCACACCGAAUUUCAUCAAAGUAAUGCCGGCCGUGAGCAUCAGUUACGUGGUGUACGAGUACUCCAGCCGAUUACUUGGUGUCAAUAUGACGUGAUGUCGCCUCGGGCGGUUAGCAACGAAUUCAUUUACGCUGAAACGGCGCCGCCUCCCAGCAUGGCGUGGCGGCGCUCGUGGAAAAGUGCCGAACGUGGGGCGGCGGUUCAUCUCUCUUAAGAUUAUAUGAAUCGUUUCGAAAUAUUCGUUCCAGACACGUUUGAGAUGGUAUAAUAUCAUUUAAGUCCAUAAUAUCAUUCCUAUAAACAUCAGCAAAGGUUUAUUUUGAGGACAAUUUAGUUACUAUAAUAAGCGAAAGUUACUAUAGCGACCACGAAACACUUGCUAUAAUCGUCAUUAGUGUAGUAAUUAGUCGUUAUAACAAAUGAUUAUAUUUUUAUCUUCAAAAAUUUUAUAAAUUCAUCAAUAUCUUGUCCAUAAAUAUCAACAAAGGUUUAAAAAUCAAUUAGUAGGCGAAAGUUACUACAGAAACCACCAAACAGUUGUUAUAAUCGUCAUGAUUAUAUGUUUGUCUUCAAUAAUUUGAUAAAUGCAUCAAUUUCAUGUCCAUAAAUGUCAGCAAAGAUUUAAAAAUCAGUUUGAGAACAAAUAAUUAUUUUUUGUUUUAAAAAAAUUUGAUAAAUUCCAAAAUAUCUUAUAAAAUCAGGAAAAAUAAAACAUUGUUUCGAGGGUAUUUUGGUGGUUGCAGUUAGCGAAAGUUAGUACAGCAACCACCAAACUGUUGUUAUAAUCGUCAUUACUAUAGUAACUAAUCGUUAUAACAAAUAAUUAUAUAUUUGUCUUCAAACAUUCGAUAAAUUUUGCAAUAUCAUUUCCAUAAACAUCAGAAAAGGUUUAAAAAUAAUUUUGAAGGCAAUUUGGUCGCUAUAGUAAGGAACGUUAAUAUAACAGUUGUUAUAAUCGUCAUUACUAUAGCGACUGGCGCUGUAAUAUAAAAAAAACGUGUUUGGAAUCGUUUGUUCGAAAAAAUUCAUUUUCGGGCAUAUAUUUGUGCCACCUAGUUUAAUUUAUUUAUUUUUUUAAAUAUAGAUAGGCUUUAAAUAUGAUAUGACUGUAUGGUCACUUUUUUACAAUUGUUGAUAUUUUGAGUAUGCAGAAGUGUAUUUUUUUCUCGAUGGCAUUGUAUGAAUAAAUUCUUUAUUUAAAAAUAAAAAACGCAACUAAUUAAAUCGUUACCUGAAACGCUUAAAAUCAAAAGGUAGGUUAAUUUUUUUUUAUAUUUUGAUUAAAUUUCUUGACAUGAAAAUUCCGUUACUUUGAUAUAAAUGACAUUUUUACAUCUGUUUUGUUAACAUGUGUAAAGUCGACAGUUCCCGUGAUAAAUGACGUUGACGUGUGUCAUUUAAAUGAUAAGUGACAUUGACGUAUGACAUUUAAAUCUACCUAAAUUUUAAGUUUCGCGACAUUUUGUGUGUAUAUGUAAAAAUUCACUUCUGUAAACUCGCGCGCUUGUGUACUUAAUAUAAAAAUGUAUGAGGGGAAUAAACUAUUAUCAAAAUCAAUAUAUACAAAAUAAAUGCAUUCAUGUUCGCAAAACUACUAGAAAAAUUUAAACAUUUAUUUAAGCACAUGUUUUUCUAUCCUUCAUUAGUCCAACUUUUGAUAAAUCAUUGUCUUUCUGUUAUAAUUUCCCGUCAAAUUCUUUUUUCUACUUUGUUAUUGAUCUGCGGGACAAAUAAAAUCUAUUAAAAGUUAAUUACAAUUAACACAAAAAAGGCGUUUUUUUUUUAACACAGCUGCUACCAGUUAUUUUAUUACGUCUGUUAUUUUUUUUUUCUUGAUCACUCCCUGAUGAUAUAGCAUUUUUUCGCUCAUUGUGGUCUUAAAAGUUUGUACAAACCUGGACAAAAGAAGCGAGAAAACUGUUGUAGUUUGGGAAAAGAUUGUAUUAGAUUUUAUGUUUUUAAAACGGUUGUGAAUUGAUUUUAGCUGAAACAAAUCCUCAAUUUUUAUAUUAGGUACAUUAAGCGUAUCGUUUUUAGAUAAAAAAAAUAAUCCAUUCUCAAUGCAAAUUUAAAAUACCGCUUAAGUGAACCAGUUUUUAGAAGUUUAAUAAAAAAAAAAACCUUAUUCGCAAUUUUUGAUGUUACUAUUUUCAAUAAGCGUUUGUCUGUGGUUUUUGCUCCCAAUUUGAAAAAUUUGAAUGUUGUCAUUACACAUGAAAGAUAUAUUUAUGAAUAAAAUAUUAUAAUUCCAGUCAGAAGAGGGAAAUGUGAUGUACUUAAUAUUUUAAUAAAAUGAAAAAUAUGGUAUUAUACUGUAGAAUGUAUUUGUAUAAAAAAAUUUGAAAAAUUAAAACAUUCAUUCAGUCUUUAGUUUUUUUUUUAUGUCUGGGAAGUUUAACGUACCUAUUCCAAAAAAGUUUUAUACUAGCAGUCAGGUAAAGGUAAUGGGCCCUAAAAAAAUCGCAAAAAGGAUGAGAGUUGAAAUUAAUCAGACGAAUAAGUGGGAGGGGAAGAAGAUAAUUAUGAAAUAUUCAAAGAACGGACUUAAAAAUCCAUAUGUAUAACUGCAGUUGUAGAAUAGCAUGGGAAUUUAGAGAUACAGUAAGGCCAAUUACAGAAAUUUAAAUAACUUGAGGCAGGUCCAUUCUUAGCCUCUUUGUGGAGACAAAAAUACCGCUCCUAUAUUUUAAAACUAACCUUUUUAAACAAACAUUUUUUGAAAAUUCUAACAUCUAAUUUUGUGAAAUUAUAUCUAAUUUGAUAUAUGUUGGGUAUGGGGUAUUAUUGCACUGCAACUUAAAAGAUCUAUUGUGCCACCCAGAGAUAGUGCCCCUUAUUUAUUUAUUUAAUCAUACAUCCAGCGGCCAAGGCCCAUUACAGAAUUAGCAAUAUACAUUAAUAAACAUUAUGGGUAUAUAAUACGACAAAUAGUGAAAAACACAUUAUAAAUAGCGAGAUUGUGUGAGUAAUCUGAAAAAAACUCCAGUGAGAAAAAAGAUUAAUCACACAACGCAUUUAAAACAAAGCUAGAGUAUAAAAUGUAUUAAAAAGAACAUUACAAACAAGAAAAUAUACAUAUUAUAUAAAUCAAUAGGUCUUUUCCUUUGCAUCGAAAGUGUAGCACUGAGCUACGUCACUUCUGAAAAUAUCGUUCCAUCCAUACAAUUUGUAUAUAUGGAACGAUAUUUUCAGAAUUGGUGUAGCCCAGUGCUACACUUUCAAUGCAAAGGAAAAGACCUAUUAUCUCCACUUAAGUCAUUAACCGUGGACAGCAUACGAUGCAAUGGAGACUGACAGCUAUGCCUAGAAUUGAUUCUAGCAACAAAAAAGUUAAGCUGAUCAAAACGAGCAGGGCAAUUUAUUUUGUAAAUGAAAAUUAUUGAAUAUAUAAUUCUACGUUGAAAUAAGCUCUGCAUUCCAAACAUUGCUAAAAGCUGGUCUUGUGGAGAUCCCCUCUCGCGGUAGGUUCCAUGAAAAUAUUAAUGAAGACUUAAUAAAACGUAGCUGAACCAUAUUCAAGCUUGGACCUAACAAGAGUAUUGAAUAACAAUUUGCAAGUAUCUGGACUAUUAAAAUCUUUGAUAGACCGUAAGAUGGAACCUAGAACUUUAUUACACGACGCGUCAGUUACGGCAAGAUGAUUAACGAAUGAUAAUUUUGAAUCGAAUACAACGCCAAGGUCUUUAAUCGUGUCUGGUCUCUGCAAGACGACUCCUCCUAUAUUGUAAUCGAAUCUAAUACAAUCAAUCUUUCGCGUAUAUUACAUAACGUUGCAUUUUGCAGGAUUUAUCAUAAGAUUUUUAAUUAUACACCAAUUAUGAAUUUUGUUUAUAUCGGAUUGCAGUAAGGUACAUUCAUUGAUGUUAUCAAGCUUCAGGCCAACAGCGUAGAGUAAAUUGGCUCCAUUCUUUCUUGUAGCCCAGCUCUGUAGUUUUGAAGUUUCUCACAAAACUAUAUUUCUUCCUCAUUUCAUCUUGGGGCAUAUCCCAAGUAUCUUCGGUCCUGAAGCUAAUAGAUUUUCGUCUGAUUAUACCGUUCUAUAUCAUAUCCUUUUUGCUACAUUCUCUAUCAUUAAAUUUAGAACGGUGAGAUUUAAGAUCACCUCCAUUGCAGCCGUAGGACAGGUUCUCAUUGCACAGGUGAUGCAAACUAGUAUUAUAAGAUACACCUUCACAAAAAAAAAUCAGUUAACUAAACUUUGCCAGUGACGUAACACCAGUCCUUCUAAAUUUUACGCUUCUGUCCAACAAAAUUAAAAUAUAAAUUAAAAUUUUUGACUUUACCAUCCUGUUUUUCGAAAACGAAUAUUUUAGCAUUUAAUUGUCUUAUUUUUAAUUAAAAAAUCAACAGUUGUGUAGGCUUAACAAUAAUUUUACACAUAUUCUCGAUAUUCCAAAUUAACUUCUUCAAGAAAUCCUAUGAAUAACUUAUAAAACUAAAAUAUAAUAAUUUUUUAAACAAAUAAAUAAAAGUUCCUUCGUUGUAUAGGUCACACACAGCUUUUAUUUAUCGAGUACAUUUGUUUCAGAACAGACUUGAGAAAAUGGCUGCAUAGCUGAAACCCAUAUUUUUUUAUUAAACUAUUCAUUGUGGCAUACAUUUUGUGUUUCAUUUAUCUCGUAAUAAAAAAUUCAUGCAAUAUACAAAUAUUUUAUUUACAAAAAUAAAAACAGUUUUAUUUAUUUAAAUGCAGUCCAGCAUCUUUAUCGACAAUCCAGUAAACGUUUCCAGAAGCGGGCUGGACUCUGGCUGCUGGAAGGUUCUCCUUAUCCACCAGAACUCUCUAAAAAAUACAUUGAAUAAAAAUUAAUAUAUUGUAUGGGGUUUACUAAUUUUUAUUUGGUUUCCUUCAAUUUUUUCAUAAUUUUUUAUGAUAUUAAUCCAAUAUAAUGCCUUUUAGCUUUAGGUUUCGUUAUUAAUGUUGUUCAUAUAAUUUGUUUAGUGGAACUUUAAUAUUUUUUAAAGUAAUUUAACUGUUGGAAUCCUGUUAAUCCAACUUAAAGAGGCCACUUCCCUCUCCUCGUUUUCAAAUCAACAAAUUUUAAAUAUUAUUGAGACACAGUGACCCUCUUGCUGUUUAAUGUUUACCCAUGCAACUAAUUCAUAAUGGAUAUGGUAUGGUAAGUCAAAUUAUUAAUAAUUUUUUCCAUAAUACAUUUAUUUUGUAAAUGUAUUAUUUUUAUUAAACAUUUUUCACUGUACAAUUAUGCAGUUAGGUGUGACUGAAGAUGAAGUAAAUAUUUCGAAAUCGUUGGUUAAUAGAUAACUUUGUGAGAAAUAAACAUUUUCUUUGACUUCCUUGCUCAAUUCUCUAAUGAUCUACAAUGUUUUGACUUUUCCGUUCAGAAAUUUAAGAAAGAUGUACUCAAAUUGAAUAUUUGAAUGUCUUGUUCUCAUGUUCUCUAUUUGUACUUAUUAUAUUCAAUUAUUGUCUGUAUAUUAGUACCAUUACUGUUUUAUUUAACCAAUUUGUCCGAUUAUGUUAUGUGAAUUAUUUUUAUUUUCUAUGUUGGCAGUAUUUUAUUGUAUUCUACUGUAUUUUGACCAAAUUAAAUAAAUAAAUAAAAAAUUGAUUGUGUAAUCUCCUAUUAUUUAUUUGUACUUAUUUUAUUCAAUUGUCUGUAUAUUAGUGCCAUUACUGUUUUAUUUAAUCAAUUUGUACGAUUAUAUUAUGUGAAUUAUUUUUAUUUUCUAUGUUAACAGUAUUUUAUUGUAUUCUACUGUAUUUUGACCAAAUUAAAUAAAUAAAUAAAAAAUUGAUAUAUUAAAAUAACUAAGUCAUGUACCAUUAUUACACCAUUAUUUUAAUUAUUUAGUUUUGGUCUAUUAUAUAUAUUUUUUUUAAAUUACUGUUCUAUAAUCAAAAAUACAAUGUAAUGACAUGUAUGCACAUAUAAAUGUAAAAUUUUCAUACCAAAAUGGUGUGAUGUUAUCUCCAUACCUUACCACCUCCCUCUGCGUAUUGCACCAGAAUCUAGAAUACUUUAUCAAUUUAUUCUUAACUCACCUUAAUCAUAUCAGCCUUUUCUUUCCCGGAUGCAGCAAUGGCACAAACAUCUGCAUUAUUAACUACAGGGAAUGUCAUUGUUACUCGACUGGGAGGAGGUUUUGGUGAAUCCGUAAUGGGUGCUAUCCACCUACUGGUUUCAUUAAGCAACUUAUGACCCGGGAAUAAAGAACAAGUGUGGCCAUCAGGUCCCAUCCCAAGUAACAGUAAAUCAAACACUGGUAGUUUUUCAUUCGGAAAGAAUUCCUUUACUUUAUUUUCGUAAGCUGUCGCUGCUUCUUCAGCUGGGAAAAACAUAAUAAAUAUUUAUAAAAAUCCAAUAAACCAUUUAGAUAUAUUAAUAUUACCUGAUACACCCUGUUUAAUUUGAACAAAUUGAUCUUCUUUUAAUGGAACUGCUCCGGAAUCUAUUAAAGUCUUCUUGUAAAGACCAAAAGUAGAAUCGGGAUCAUUUACAGGUACUAAUCUUUCAUCGCAGAAAAAUAUUGUCCAUUUGGAGAAGUCGGUUUUGAUUUUUGGUAAACCAGUUGCUAGGAAUGGUG